AUGGAUUGGCUCAGCCUGCGCGCGCCUUUGGAGGCGUGGCUCAAAUCUGCUGGAGCUGCUAAGUUCAGCGACGAGGACCUGCGCGUGCUAUGGCAGGGUGGAUAUAAUACGCUAGUCGACCUGAAGGUCGCGACCCGGGCGAGUCUCGAGCGAGCCGGGCUGAGACCGGCGCGAGUGGAUCAAAUCCUCAGCGCUCAAGGUCGCGCGGGAGCAUCCUUUGAGGAGUUUUGGAAGAAGCUACCGAAGGCGGUGGUUGCCCAGUCUAGUCAAAAUUUCGAGGUCCUGCAGCUUGCAGACGGUACUGCAUUCCCAGAUCCUGGCCAUUCCACGACUUUGCUUGUUCACCCAUGCUACCACACCCUGUGUAAGAAGAUCUUUGCAUCUGUGGGCAAGUCUGAUCCCCCCUCCCGCCAAGUCCUCAUUCGCGGCACACCAGGCAAGCUGAUGGGUUUGAGUGCGGGAGCUAAACUGUUCUGGGAAAUGGGCGAUGGUAUUGGCAAGAGCACUUUCCUGGACUACUUGCUUUAUCGGCUGGCAUGCCAGGGCAAAACCGUCGUGUGGUGUAGCAAGUCUGUGCUGGACUCUGUGCUGCUGUUUACACCCAACGGUGUGUUUGAGGCAACCUCCACUGCAGCUUUUCGAGAAGAGCUAAGGGAUCCGAGUACAUGGUUCUUGUGUGAUGCGGUGGAGCCUCCGUCCAAGGUGGCAAUCACAGUCAUGGCAUCAUCUCCUCGCAACUCAAACUACAACGAAUAUGCCAAGCAAGCUGGCCUGAGGUUAUGGAUGGGCCCCUGGUCCUAUGUGGAGCUGGAGGCAGCACGUGGCAUCAUGUUCUCUUCGGUCAGCAAAGCUAAACUGUCAGAGCUGUAUGCUCGGUGGGGCGGCAUCCCACGUUACGUCCUGAAGUACGCAGCCAACCCCGAACUGCAGGAGGAGCUUGAUGCAGCGGUGGCAACCUAUUGCAACGUGGAUUAUAAGUGUGCAAAGUAUGUAUGGUCAAUAGGAACACUGCUGGCAGUGAAUAUGAUUGUCUGA